GCGGCGAGCCCGGUUGCCUCUCUUCCCCUUCCACUCCCUCCUCCUUCUUCCCCUCCGACGGAAAUGACUCUCCAUCUCCUCCCCAACAAUCGCCAUAAUCCCUCCUCCCUCCCCUCUGCUCCUUCCUCUCCAUCCUCUCCUCCCCGACGUGCUCCCCAAGAAGAUGAACCCUCUCUAAACCCACGGAAUCUGGAACCCUAGUCCCCUCCUGCAAUCCCUUCUUUGGAGUAUUCCCCCCACCGCUGCUUUUCCUUCACUUAGAUUUCCCCCGCGUUUGGGAGUUUCUCAUUCCGCGGGUCGUCUUCGCUUUUCUAGGGCAUUUUCUGGCAUCCAUUUCGAUGAUCUCUUUUUCGGGCGGCGAUGUGGUGGUUUUGGGCUUGCUCCUUUUUUAAUCUCCGUCUCUUGUUUCGCUCUUGGAUUCUCCUAGAAUUGGGGACCUAAGGUAGAUUUAGUUUGUGGAUCUCGAUUGGUCUUCUGUAUCCUUCUGCUGUCGAGGGUUUGUCCGCGUUUGGGUUUUUUUUUUGGUGAUCUUUUCGAGGAUUUGAGGUGGGUUUUUACCGAUUCGCGAUUCUGAGUGGGAAAUUUUGAACAUUUCUCUGGACUGUGUUUGUGUUUGGGAGUUCUCUUUUGUGAUUAGGGAACGAAGGCUGCUGAUCUUUCUUCCUUCAUUUUUCUGAGAAGCUAUUCGUGUUUGGGUGUUGGAGAUUUUGGUGUCUGUAGAGCUGAUCUCGGGUUUUAGGCUUGUCUGAUACGUAGGGUUUCGUUUUCUUUCCUCUGUUUUUGUUUUUUUCUGGUUCUUGUUUUUCAAUCCGAAAGAUCCGUCUUUCUUGCUUAGUGGUGGUCUGUUCGAGUGAGGCUGCUUUUUGGUAGUACUCCUUUGGGUAUCUUAAGAACCUCGUCUAGUUUAUUCUCCUCCUAAUCCCUCUAACACUUGGGGCAGAAGGUUGCUAGUUUGAGUACUUGGUUCGCUGAUUCAAGUCUGGCCAUUGAUUUCUUUGAAGCUAUCUUUGUGGUUUAAGGUUUCCAAUUUUAGGUGGUCACGAGAACCUUGAUUUCCUACUGCCAGUUAAUCAUAGUUUUCUCGAAGUGGUCUCUAUCUUCAAUAGGAUUACUUCAUCUUCUAGGCUUCUGUCUUUACUUACUAUCGCUUUUUCUUCUAAUCCUUUUCUUUUCUUGCUUUAUUUUUUCUGUAAAGGUUUGAUUGCCUUUUAUUUUUAGACGCCACGUUGUCCUCUCCUUUCUAACCGAAAGAUAAAAAGAUUCAAUAGGGAAAAGUAGAGUACGUAGGAGGCCAUUAUUGAGGUCUGAGGUGGCAUAGUGUGCUUGUAAAUUCCCUUCGAUUUUAGUCCUCGGAGGCGAAUUGACACAAAACUCAAAGCUUAACCUCGAUUAUUCAUCUCGUAGUUUCAAGUUUCACUCUCUCACUCAUAUUCUGGUCCUGUAUUCUUUGGCCGAUAUGAAUUCUCGAGCGCGGUACCCGCCACCUGGCAUCCGUGAAGGUCCAGGAGGUCCAGCGAAUAUGAACCAGGGUCAGGACCCUCAAUGGAGGGGUAGCCAGCAACAAUAUGUUCAAAGAGGUCUGUUGCAGUAUCAACAACAGCAGCAGCAGCAACAACAUCAGCAAUGGUUGAGGAGGCAAGCUUCUGUUGAGGCUGGGGCCAGUACAGCAGAGAACAGCAUAGGUGUACAACCCGAUUUGACAAUGAUUCAGCAACAAAGUGGAAUCAAAUCCAGUUCUCAAGACUGGAAGGCUCAGUUGAAGAUUCCACCACCUGAUACACGUUACAGGACUGAGGAUGUGACUGCCACCAAGGGUAAUGAGUUUGAAGAUUAUUUUCUGAAACGAGAGUUGCUUAUGGGUAUAUAUGAGAAGGGAUUUGAAAGGCCGUCUCCAAUUCAAGAAGAAAGUAUACCAAUUGCUUUAACUGGCAGUGACAUUCUUGCUAGGGCAAAAAAUGGAACUGGCAAGACAGCUGCAUUUUGCAUUCCUGCACUUGAGAAAAUUGAUCAAGAGAAGAAUGCAAUUCAAGUUGUUAUAUUGGUCCCUACACGAGAACUGGCUCUUCAAACAUCACAAGUUUGUAAGGAUCUUGGUAAACAUUUGAAGAUCCAGGUCAUGGUUACAACUGGAGGUACAAGCCUGAAAGAUGAUAUUAUGCGACUUUAUCAACCAGUACACUUACUUGUUGGAACUCCGGGCAGAAUUCUUGAUCUAGUGAAGAAGGGUGUUUGCAUCUUGAAGGACUGCACGAUGCUUGCCAUGGAUGAGGCGGACAAGCUUCUAUCUCCAGAAUUCCAGCCUUCAGUGGAGCAACUAAUCAGUUUCCUCCCACCAACUCGCCAGAUUUUAAUGUUUUCAGCCACAUUUCCUAUUACUGUGAAGGAUUUCAAAGAUAGAUACCUGCGAAAGCCUUAUGUCAUUAACUUAAUGGACGAGCUGACUCUAAAGGGUAUAACUCAAUUCUAUGCUUUUGUUGAGGAGAGGCAAAAAGUUCACUGCUUAAACACGCUGUUCUCAAAGCUCCAGAUCAAUCAAUCAAUUAUUUUUUGCAACUCAGUAACUCGGGUGGAACUGUUGGCAAAAAAAAUCACGGAACUGGGUUAUUCAUGCUUCUAUAUUCAUGCGAGGAUGUUGCAAGCACAUCGUAAUCGAGUCUUUCAUGACUUCCGUAAUGGUGCCUGUAGGAAUCUUGUGUGUACAGAUUUGUUUACUAGAGGAAUUGACAUUCAAGCUGUGAAUGUUGUGAUCAACUUUGACUUUCCAAAAAAUUCAGAAACUUACUUACACCGGGUUGGGCGUUCAGGAAGGUUUGGUCACCUAGGCUUAGCGGUGAAUUUGAUCACUUUUGAAGACCGCUUUAACUUGUACAGGAUUGAACAAGAGCUUGGAACUGAGAUAAGGCCAAUCCCACCACAGAUAGACCAGGCGCUAUAUUGCAGUUGAUUUGCAAGUUUUUUUGUUCGACAAUUGAGUGGAUGGAGAUGCUGUAUUUGUACGUACUUCUCUGUAAGUGCUUGCACGCCACCUCUUGCAAAGAUGACUUUGCGAGGCACACUUGUUUGCUACAGUAUGAGAAGAUAAUAUGGUGGAAUACAGGUUCUACCAUGAACUUUAUUUGCUGGUUGUUGAUCUAAUUUUGAGAUCAACCUGACUCUCAUGGGCAGUGAAUGAUUUGUGGAUGUCCAUUCCGACAAGCUUUUGGGUAGAACAUUAUGUUUUUUUUCCAUUUGACAAUUGUUGGAAGUUGAUGCUUUUGUUUUUAAUGUUUUCAGCACUAGUUUAGAUUGUUGACUCUCUUCUGCAUUUCUAAACUUGCUAUCACUUUACAGUGAGCUUGACAAUUCUGGAGUUGGGUUUUGUAGCAUUAUGACUGCAAUAAGAAGACAUACUUUGUGAC